AUGUGGAAAUGGAUACUGACACAUUGUGCCUCAGCCUUUCCCCAGCUGCCUGGCUGCUGCCGCUGCUGCUUCUUGUUGCUGUUCUUGGUGUCUUCCAUCCCUGUCACCUGCCAAGCCCUUGGUCAGGACAUGGUGUCACCAGAGGCCACCAACUCCUCUUCCUUGUCCUGGUCGUCUUCCUUCUCCUCUCCUUCCAGUGCGGGGAGGCAUGUGCGGAGCUACAAUCACCUUCAAGGAGACGUCCGCUGGAGAAAGCUGUUCUCUUUUACCAAGUACUUUCUCAAGAUUGAGAAGAACGGGAAGGUCAGCGGUACCAAGAAGGAGAACUGCCCGUACAGUAUCCUGGAGAUAACUUCAGUGGAAAUCGGAGUUGUUGCCGUCAAAGCCAUUAACAGCAACUAUUAUUUAGCCAUGAACAAGAAGGGGAAACUCUAUGGCUCAAAAGAAUUUAACAAUGACUGUAAGCUGAAGGAGAGGAUAGAGGAAAAUGGAUACAAUACGUAUGCAUCCUUUAACUGGCAGCACAACGGGAGGCAAAUGUAUGUGGCACUGAAUGGAAAAGGAGCUCCCAGGAGAGGACAGAAAACAAGAAGGAAAAACACCUCAGCUCAUUUUCUUCCAAUGGUGGUCCACUCAUAG